AUGACCAGGUGCACAGAGGCCAAAAAACAUUGCUGGUAUUUUGAAGGACUUUAUCCAACAUAUUAUAUAUGCCGCUCCUAUGAGGACUGCUGCGGCUCACGAUGUUGUGUGCGGGCGCUCUCCAUCCAGAGGCUCUGGUAUUUCUGGUUCCUCUUGAUGAUGGGCGUACUCUUCUGCUGUGGCGCUGGCUUCUUCAUCCGGAGGCGGAUGUACCCCCCACCACUCAUCGAGGAGCCUGCAUUCAACGUGUCCUACACCAGGCAGCUCCCCAACCCCUCUACAGGAGUCCAGCAGCCAGGGCCGCCAUAUUACACUGACCCUGGAGGACCAGGCAUGAAUCCUGCUGGGAAUCCCAUGGCGAUGGCUUUCCAGGUCCAACCGAAUUCACCCCAGGGAAGCACAGCCUACCCCCCGCCCCCAUCCUACUGUAACACGCCCCCACCCCCGUACGAACAGGUGGUGAAGGCCAAGUAA